AUGCCACGAAGGUCAGCCAAACAACUGGCGCUCAAGCGCCUUGAUGGCUUGAUUGCUAUCUUAGCCAAGCAAGUUCAUGUACUUCAUCUACUAGGCGUGGAUAAUAGUCAGCAGUUCGAUGUUUUGUACAAGUGUCAGUUCUUGAGGAAAAAGGUCGAGUCCAAUCGAUACUUUGUGAGAGGAGAAUACAACAGGAACCGAACACCCAAGUUUCACAUCUAUCUUACCGAUGAAGGCAGUAAGGAUAAUGCCUUGACCGAAAGUGCAUUCUUGUGUCAUUUCAGGAUUCCACGUUCGGCAUUCUGGGAGUUGGUCCAUCUCCUAAAAGAUCAUGGAGUAUUCCACCGAGCCAGCUCUGGAAAGGGUCCGAAACCAAAGCCGGCUUCUCACCAACUACUAGUUCUUUUGAAGUACUUUGGUUCCGAAGGAGAUGGUGCAUCCAAUCCUAAUUUGGCUCGCUUUUUUGGGGUUGGCGCCGGAACAAUCCAUGACUGCAGAACGAAUGCACUAGAGGCACUGCUUUCACUCCUCGAAAAGGAGACGCAUUAUUGGCCAACACCAGAGGAACGCAAAUCCAUUGCCAAUAGAAUUGAAAUGAAGUGGCAUGUUCCGAAUUGCGUUGGAUUGAUUGAUGGCACAGUGUUACCACUGGCAGCUAGACCACUUCUUCAUGGAUCUUUCUUCUACUAG